UGUCCCGAGAACCGUCUCAGUGUGCUGUCUCUGUGUGUCGUCUGAGGCUUCACUGUGUCGAUACGAUUUUCAUAUAUAGGAAGAAAUAUAUGAAUGUGUGAUAUUUUUAUUUGUUAAUUAUACAGUGUUUAUUCAUUAUUUUCGCGCUUUAUCGGUACGUUAUAGUGGUUAAAGAUGACUUUGUCUCAUUCUGAAGCAGGUGGAAAUGAACGCCCCACAGACGGAGCAAUUACGAAGCACCCUCUUGACAACACCACAACGACGCCAUCUAUCGGAGACGAUCGCGGAACAAAAGAAGAUCAAAAGCGAGGUAUUCCAGAACCACAAUCCCCGGAAGAACCACCCUUAGAACCAUCUAUAAAUUUAUCUAACGCGGAAUGUGGGGAGAGCAUGAUUGCACUUACAUCUUCAGGCGAGGAAAGGGGCGAAGUGAAACUACCUUCUUCGUGUAAUAGCCAUGAAUCUGUACUCGUUCCUCCUUCUGGCAAAGAUAAAGGAUACGCUUGGGUGGUGGUUAUGGCAGUAUUCCUAGUCAACGUACUCGUUGCAGGAUACGUUAAGAGCUUCGGUAUUCUGUACAUCCUUAUUUUGGAAUCCUUCCCCGAUGCCUCCGGUGCUGCAGCAGGAUGGAUAUUGGGACUUCUCGUAGGAUGCCGGGGUUUGUUGGCCGCGGUGAUGGGGGCUUUCACAGUGUUGAUGGGCCCGCGUGCUUGUGUCAUCAUGGGUUCCCUGUGUGUGGCGGCUGGUCUGCUAGCUGCUGCUCCUGCUACUUCCAUCGUACACAUUGCAUUUACUCUAGGGGCGCUUGUAGGCGUAGGUCUGUGCAUGAGCGAGACUCCGGGUUACUUGGCGGUCACGGAUUACUUCCAAGACAAACGUUCUUUGGCCAAUGGCUUUCGGGCCUCUGGGAAUCCCCUCGGUGGCGUCCUAUUUUCCCCUCUCGUCGUGGCUCUGCACCAGCAUUUUGGCCUGCGCGGUGCCCUUAUCCUCAUGGCUGGCGUUAUGCUCCACAUGACCGUGUUCGGCGCGCUCAUGAGGCCCUUCCAGAUCCACCAGCACCUCGUUCAAACUGAAUUCUGGAAAGAUAACGCUCGCCAAAAUACGCCCAGCUUGAGGAUCCCCUCAUCUCAGCAGGUCAGAGCAUCGGACCAGAAGACAAAGAAGAAGAAGCCAUUGAACUUCCGUAUACUGAAAAAACCCUCAUACUUGGUCUACCUCGUGAUGGUCAUGUGCAUUAAUAUCGCCCUUCCUAACGCCCUUUUAUACACGCCUACUUAUGGGAAAUCAAUAGGGCUGAAUGCCUAUGAGAAUUCGGUGAUCGCUUCGUAUACUUCAGCCUGUGAUUUCGUUAUGAGGUUGCUGUGUGGAUGGACUUCAAGCCUGAAACUGUACCAGGCCCACCAUGGUCUCAUCGCUGGCCUUGUAGUGGGAGGAAUCGGAUGCCUGCUGACGCCCCUCUGCAACAGCAUGUGGCAACUCCUGGGGGCUGCAACGUUACUCUCCUUCUGCAUGGCCUUCUUCUGGACUCUCAUCAACACCCUGCUGGCUGACGAGUUCGGGAGCGACGACAUGGCCAGCACGUGGGGCUUCUUCAGGAUGACGCAAGGCACCUGUAGUUUUUUGUAUCCUUCGCUCAUAGGACUGGUGAUCGACACAACAGGCGGCCUGACCAUUCCCUUCGUUAUGAUGGGCUCGGCGCUGAUCCUUGGAGGAGCUGUCUUCAGCCUCCGUCCCUUCGUCGCCAAGUUCUCUGGUUCUAAAAAGGAGCAGAACCUCCAGAGCUCUUCUUCGCUGAGAGGAGAACCCGUGGCUUAGGAUGAGGAAGGAGGAAGGAGGAAGGAUCUUGGAGGGAGGAGAAUUCUUGGGCGUUUUCAUUAAGAGGCGUUUCCCAAGGUUUAAGGAGUGGUGGAGAAGGAUGUUGGGAGAUAAAGGAAAGGGGACGAGAGGUAAUAGAUAAAGGAGAAGGAAGAGGGAGAGGAUACAAACACACACACACUCGCACGAACACACACACACACACACACUCGCACGCGCGC